UGAUUGUUGGAUUCUAGCGGAAGUGGCUCCGUUGCCUUGGAGAGCUGGAGUGGUCUGGAGUUCCACGGCGUGGUGGGCCAGAGGCCACCUCUCCGGCUGCCUCUCAGUGUCUCGCCGGCGGGGUUCAUCCCGAACUGGAUAGGCACAGCCCUUGGGGGAUUUAAACAACCUAAACAUUAAGCAAUACAGCUGUCUCAAAUCUCUGGGAAUUUCAGAAUGACUGACACUGCCCAAGCUGUUCGAAACUUUGAAGAGAUGUUUGCUAGUAGAUUCACAGAAAUUGACAAGGAGUAUCAAGAAUACCUGAAACGCCCUCCUGAGUCCCCUCCAAUUGUUGAGGAAUGGAAGAGCAGAGCUGGUGGGAACCAAAGAAACAGAGGCAGCUGGUUGCAAGAUAGUAGACAGUUCAGAGGCAGGGACAGCAGACGGGGGUGGCCAAGUGACAAUCGAUCCGAUCUGUGGCAUGGACGAUCCUGGGGUAACAAUUACCCGCAACACAGACAAGAACCUUACUAUCCCCACCAAUACCGACAUUAUGGUUACAACCAGCGGCCUCCUUACGGUUACUACUGA